AUGGCUCCGCGAUAUUCUCUCGCCGAUUCUGCUUCCGAAUCCGAGCCCAAUGGGUCGGAUGCACCUCCGCAGCCCUCUGAUAAGGAAAUAGAAAGAGCUCUACGCGAUACAGUCGCGAAAAUCUUCAAAGCGGGAAAGACAGAGGAAUUGACGGUUAAGAGAGUUCGACUUGCGGCUGAGAAGUCAUUACAUGUUGAAGAGGGGUUUUUCAGAUCCAAUGGAGAUUGGAAAGGCAAAAGCGAUCAGAUCAUCAAGAAUGAAGUGGAAGUACAGGAUGCUGCAGCGCAGGAACCAAACGCCGAUGGAAUCGAGGACGAGAGCGCAGGAACACCGCCGACGAAUACUAGUAGGCCCAUAAAACGAGCCAAACCAAAAGCACCUUCGACGUCCCGUAAACGACGCAAGACCAGCACAGAGAGCGAUGUGGAUAGUGGUGGAAGUGAUGAGAAUAGUGAGGAAGUGGCAACCAAAAGAACCAAAAAGCCGAAGGAAGCAGCCAAAUCUGAACCCGAGGUUUCCAACGCGGAAAUUCUAGACGACUCCGAUGGCAGCAAAGAGCAGCAGGGAGCCCAAUCACUCAAGCAAAAGGAAGAAGUAGCCGGCGAUUCGGAGAGUGAAAUGUCAGUUGUCCUGGAUGAAGAACCUGAGCCCAAGCGUCAGCGACAGAAGAAGUCCACAGGAACGACUUCCGGAACGACCUCUGGAAAGGCGAUGAAGAAGGCGCCUGCGAAAGCAAAGGAUGCAGACGCCGACCCCAACCAGGCAGAAAUCAAGCGAUUGCAAGGGUGGUUGAUCAAAUGCGGCAUUCGCAAGAUGUGGGCGCGAGAGCUGGCUCCGUACGAUACGCCCAAGGCGAAAAUUAAGCACCUCAAAGACAUGUUGAAAGAGGCGGGCAUGGAGGGACGAUACUCAUUAGAGAAGGCCAAGCAGAUCAAGGAGGAGCGCGAACUUCGGGAGGACCUCGAGAUGGUGCAGGAGGGGGCAAAGCGCUGGGGGAAAGCGACCGAAGGGGAAGACAGCGAUGGUCAACCUCGUCGACGUUUAAAUCGAGGCCGAAAGGCCCUGGCCUUCCUCGAUAGUGAAGGGGAGGAAACCGAUUGA